AUGGCGUCCAGGGCCGACUAUCAGCUUGCCUCGCUUGCCGCGGGAUUCACCAUCGGCUUUGGAUUUUUGACAGUAUGGGAGGCCAUAAAGCAGACAAGACGGAACCGCAAUCCGCUCGGAAGCGCAUACAUCUACAUGAUAUGGGGUGAAAUCCUUGCGAAUCUCAUCAUCGCAAUCGUCGCAUGGCUCUUCUUGGAUGGCGUUUUGGGACCGACGGUCCCCGUGUUGUUCUUCAUCCUCUUCCUGUGGGUGUGGGAGAUCCAGUUGCUGAUGCAAAUCAUUAUCAACCGGAUCGCUAUCAUUAGAGAGAGCCAAGAGACCAUUGUCUUCAUGAAAUGGGGAAUAGCUUUGGCCAUUACUCUGAUCAAUAUCGCCGUUUUUGUCAUCUGGAUCCCUGCCCAUCUCAACCCCCCAGCUAGCCAAACAUUCGUGACUAUAAACCACUAUUGGGACCGUGUUUCAAAGAUUCUGAUUCUGCUCGUGGACGCUGGUCUAAAUUGGUACUUCUUGAGCGUGGUCAAGACCCGCCUAGUGGACCAGCAUGGCCUGCUCAAGUACAAGCCUCUCGUCGGCUUCAAUGCAAAGCUCAUGAUACUUUCCAUCGCUAUGGAUGCUAUGCUUAUCGGUCUCAUGUCUCUGCCCAACCAGGUUGUCUACAUCCAGUUUCACCCCGUCGCUUAUAUGGUCAAGCUUAACAUCGAGAUGUCAAUGGCAUCCCUCAUCACUCGUCUUUCAAAGGACCGUGAGGGCGGUUCAGGGCUCCACUCGCCCUCCUAUCUGCAUGGCCAGUCAAGCAGCCGACGAACGGGCCUGGCGCUAGACGACAGCCCACUAGGCCACGAAACAAGUGGCCUCAAAAGGUUCCGCAAAGCCAGCAUCGGUUCUGUCCCUGAAAACAGAAAUGUGGACUCUACAAGAAGUCAUCGAAUGAACGACCUCAACACUCGGAUUGAUUUACCCAACUCGCCGGGCAUUCUAGCUUUCAGUGGGCGGCAGGAUGAUGUCGCUAGCGGCAGGUCCUUCUAUAAGCUCGACGAAAUAGACUCUUCAACAAGUAAUGCUAGGCACCCGGAGAUCUAUGAGAAGGAAACGUAG